CCAUGCUGGGCAAGGACUACAUGCUGGCCAUCAUCCUGGUCAACUGCGACGAUAACCUGUGGAGUGACCAGAAUCUGGAGACAGAGCCUGACCUUCCCCCAGGAUGGAGGAAAAUUCACGACUCCUCAGGGACCUACUACUGGCAUGUGCCCACGGGCACCACGCAGUGGCAACGGCCGUCGUGCACUUCUGGCCUGGGAGGGAGCCUGGCGGCUAGCGGAGAAGCUGCAUUGCAGGAAACGGAUCUACCAGCAGCCGCAGUAAAGCUCGCAUCCGAGGAGAGACCCGUCCCCAGUCCAGUGGCAUCGUUGCCCAGAAGGACCUUCAUGCCCUGGCAUGGGGAGGAGUUCCCUCCUGGCGCCACAGAGCCUGGCUCCAAGUGCUUCGUUGUGCGCUCCCUGGGCUGGGUGGAGAUCCCGGAGGAGGACCUGGCCCCGGGCAAGAGCAGCAUCGCGGUGAAUAACUGCAUCCAGCAGCUCUCGCAGAGCAAGUGUGAGGGUCGGGACCCCGCGGGUAGCUGGGGUGAGGACCAGAACAUGGUGAUGAUUCUGAAGAAGGACACAAUGAGCUUACUGGACCCUCUGGAUCAUAGCCUGAUCCACUGCCAGCCCAUCAUCAACAUCCGUGUCUGGGGGGUGGGCUGCAACAAUGGCAGGGAUUUUGCUUUCGUGGCCAGCGACAAGGACACAUGCAUGCUGAAGUGCCAUGUCUUCCACUGCAACGUGCCUGCCAAAGCCAUCGCCAAGGCCCUGCAUGAGAUGUGCUCCAAGAUUAUGGCCGAGCGGGCAGUGGUCAGCAACAGCCUCACUCGAUCCAUCACGCUGCAGCCCAUCUCGCCGGACAACUUACCGCUGCAAGUUGAUGUUCUGGACGCCGUGAGGCAGUCUAUCCAGAAGUACGAAGCCCUGUAUAUUGGCAGCUUACCGGUGCCCAAAGCCAUGGGGAUGGACAUACUGAACGAGGCCAUUGAGACCCUGAUGAGCAGCCAAGGCCGUGAGCAGUGGACCCCCUCCCUUGUCAGCGUGUCAGACUCGGUGAUGACGGUGCACCAGGCAGAGGCUGGUGAGGAAGACGCCCACAUCUUUGAGUGCCAGGUCCGCUACGUGACCUUCAUCGGUGUUGGGAAAAACGCUCACACGUUUGCUCUCAUCGUAGACAUGGGGCAGCAGCAUUUCCAGUGCACGGCCUUCUGGUGUGAGCCGGAUGCCGGCACCAUCUCAGAGGCUGUGCAGGCUGCAUGCAUGGUUCAGUACCAGAAGUGUCUGGUGGCCUCCACCUCGCGGCUGAGGCCGAAGGGCAGCUCACGCUCGGUGCUUAAGAUGAAGAGAACGGCAUCUGUGGACUCCCCAGGAUGCCCGUUCCUUUCCACGGGCCACUCCCUGCAGAAAAACGGCAGCGGCGCCAGCACUCGGAAGCGGGGGGUUUUCUCGUUCUUGGAAGCGUUCCGGCAGAAGCAUUCCAUGCUGCACACCCCAUAG